AGAUCUGAAAAAGAUUUGAUUUUUGAAGCUCCGGUUGAAGAUGGCGAACCGUUGGUGGACUUCCAGCCAGAUGGGUCUUCCCGGAGUUGAUCAUACGUCGACGAGCUCCUCCGCCAUGAGGUUACCAGAUCUGGGGAUCUCCAUGAACGACAACAACGGCACCGUCAACAGCGGUGGAGGCGAUGACGAUGACGAUAGAGAUAACGGUGGUGAUGAACCUAAGGAAGGUGCUGUUGAAGUCCCUACGCGCCGCCCCCGUGGCCGCCCGGCUGGCUCCAAGAAUAAGCCUAAACCACCUAUCUUUGUUACUAGAGAUAGCCCUAAUGCCCUAAAAAGCCAUGUCAUGGAGAUUUCUAACGGAGCUGAUAUUGCCGAAAGUGUCGCUCACUUUGCUCGUCGGCGACAAAGAGGGGUUUCUGUGCUUAGUGGCAGCGGCACGGUGACGAACGUCACACUCCGGCAACCGUCUGCGCCCGGUGCAGUCUUAACCCUUCAAGGGCGGUUCGAGAUUCUCUCGUUGACUGGAACUUUCCUCCCUGGACCAGCCCCACCUGGCUCGACCGGACUCACGAUCUACUUAGCCGGUGGCCAAGGGCAGGUGGUGGGCGGUAGCGUUGUCGGGCCACUCACCGCUGCCGGGCCAGUGAUGGUGAUCGCCGCAACGUUUUCCAACGCUACAUACGAAAGGUUACCUCUAGAGGAGGAGGAAGAAGGCGGGGGAGGAGCACAAGGGCAUACAUCAGCAGGCGGUGGCACCGGCGACGGUUCGCCGCAAGGCAUCGGAGGAGGAGUCGGAGAUCUAUCAGCUAUGCCACCACUAUACAAUUUACCACCAAAUUUGCUACCAAAUGGCGGCGGCGGGGGCGGCGGACAAAUGAACCAGGAGGCUUAUUCAUGGGCUCACGGCGGCCGACCGUCGUUUUAA